AUGGAGGGUCUUUUCUUCAAUGUGAAUUCGGGCUACGUCGAGGGCAUCGUUCGUGGCUAUCGCAAUAGCCUGCUCAAUGGUCAGAACUACUCCAACUUGACACAAUGCGAAACCAUUGAUGAUGUCAAGCUCCAACUGGGCCCUUCCUACGGUGACUUCCUAGCCUCUCUUCCUCCAAACCCCUCCACCUCCGCCCUCGCAGGCAGGAUGCUCGACAAGCUGGUGUCGGAGUUCAGAUACCUCGUUCACCAGUCCACUGGAUCCACUGCCAAGUUCCUUGAGUAUCUCACCUACGGCUACAUGAUCGACAAUGUUGCGCUUAUGAUCACCGGUACUCUGCACGAGCGCAACACCAGCGAGCUCCUGGAGCGAUGCCACCCGCUGGGCUGGUUUGUGACUCUGCCUUCGCUAUGUGGUGCCGAGACCAUUGAAGAUCUUUACAAUAUAGUGCUAAUUGAGACCCCUCUGGCUCCAUACUUCAAGAGCAGUCUCAAGCACACCGACCUGGAUGAGCUGAACAUCGAGAUUGUCCGGAACACUCUCUAUAAGAACUACCUGGAAGAUUUCUACAAUUUCAUUAAUACAAACCCAGAUUUCAGUGGACCGACUCAGGAGGCCAUGUCAGAGAUUCUGCAGUUCGAGGCCGAUCGCCGCUCCAUCAACAUCACCUUGAACUCCUUCGGAACCGAGCUAUCCAAGCAAGACCGAAGGAAGCUUUACCCAGAAUUUGGAAAGCUCUACCCGGAAGGCAGCUUCAUGCUGUCGCGGGCUGAGGAUGUUGAUGCGGUGGCCCUUGCCGUGAGUGCUGUGUCAGAGUACAAGGCUUUCUUUGACGCUGUCGGGCUCAGCCAAGGGAGCGGAGGUUUCGGUGGCAUGGGCGGUGACGGGAAGAGCCUCGAAGAUCUCUUCUACCAAAAGGAAAUGGAGAUGUCAAAGAUGGUGUUCACCCGCCAGUUCACACCUGCGGUAGUAUACGCAUGGAUCAAAUUGAAAGAACAGGAAAUCCGCAAUGUCACUUGGAUCGCCGAAUGCAUUGCACAGAACCAGAAGGAGAGAAUCGGAAACUUCAUUUCCGUUCUCUAA